AACCUCAACAUUAAAAGAGCAGAGCCUGGAUUCCGGAAGAGACACUGGUGGAAGAGCUGCGUGUGUGGCAGACACAGAAUCCGUUGCUGUAGAUGGGAAAUGGGAAGUCGUGAAGAAAGGAAAGAAGAAUGGAGGAGAGAGGAAAGCAUUGGAGAAGAAAAACAGUACGAUUCCGAG